AUGACCACAUCGCACAUCUUGUCCGCCGUGGAUCCAACGACCGGACUCAGUGGCAAUGUGAGUGGCGGUGGAGGUGGUGGUGCUGGCGGUGGCGACAGUGGUUCCCCACAGCAUGUGACCCAUAAUGGACACGGACAUGGUCAUGGGUUGGGUGGAGUGGUGGCGGUGACCGCAGGCGGAGCCAGCGUAUCCGGAAAUGGAGGACAUCGAGUGGUCGGCGGAGCAGGCAGUCCCAACGAACUGGAUCGCAAUCUGCGCAUUUCCCUGGACGAUCGGGAGCUCUGGCUGCGAUUCCAGAAUCUCACCAACGAGAUGAUCGUCACCAAAAACGGCAGGCGCAUGUUCCCCGUGGUGAAGAUCAGUGCCUCGGGUCUGGACCCCGCCGCCAUGUACACCGUCCUCCUGGAGUUCGUCCAGAUCGACUCACAUCGCUGGAAGUACGUCAACGGGGAAUGGGUUCCUGGUGGCAAAGCGGAGGUUCCCCCGUCGAACCCCAUCUACGUACACCCCGAGUCUCCCAACUUCGGUGCGCACUGGAUGAAGGAGCCGAUAUCGUUUGCCAAAGUGAAGCUAACCAACAAGACGAAUGGCAAUGGACAGAUAAUGCUAAACUCUUUGCACAAAUACGAGCCACGUGUGCAUCUCGUUCGCGUGGGCUCCGAGCAGCGUCACGUGGUCACCUAUCCCUUUCCGGAGACCCAGUUUAUAGCGGUGACGGCCUAUCAGAACGAGGAGGUCACCUCGCUGAAGAUCAAGUACAAUCCAUUCGCCAAGGCCUUUCUCGAUGCCAAAGAGCGACCGGAUACGCUGUAUCCACAUGACACCCACUACGGCUGGCUGAUCCCGCCGCCAACUCAUUACACGGCUGCCGCGGUGGCUGCUCCUCCGCUGCCCAUCGCCCAGAGUCACGGGCUGGUGGCCACCUGUCCCAGCGUUUCCUCGUCCGCCGCCGCCUCCGUAGGUCCCUCUUCGGGCGCCACCUGCGAUCGCUACGGCAGGUCACUAUCUGGACGCAGUGCAGCGCCGCCCACUCGCACCACGCCCUACAGUCGACCCAGGGUCGUUUCCGGUUCCGGAUCGAACGGUAGUGCCGGCAAUGCCUCAUCCACCUCACCGCAACCGCCGUCGGCUCCGCAGACGCCCACCAGCCUGCACUCCUCGUCCACGGGAUCCGUGAGCACCAGUGUGAGCAGCUCCGGCACCGGCGGACUUGGAUCCUCGUCGAGUGCCGGCUGCUUCAGCAGUUCCUACGCCCAAUCCGGCUUUAUGCCGGUCGAAGCCAGUCCCACGGCCUCGGUGUUCUCGUAUCCCAGCAGCUGGCAGAGUAAUGGCAACUACUGGAACGCCACCAGCGUACCGGGACCAAUGCCCAUGAACGUGUGCAGUGGCCGCAAUAUCUCCUCCCACAACUCGCCGUCGCCCACGAACGGAUCCCCCAGCUACACGACCUCCUCGCCCAGCUACACCAUCCACCACCUGACGCCACACAGCCACCAGUACAACAUGGCCCAGACGGACAUCUAUGGCACCGGAGUGGGCGUUGGGGGCGGGGCAGGGGUGGGAGUGGGAGUGGGAGCCUCGGGAUCCCCGCAAGCGGCGUACGGAGCAGCAGCUGCCCACCAGGUGUAUCAUCCCACACCCACCUCGCCCACCCACCAGCUGUACACGAAUGCUGUGUUGAAUGCGCCCUCGGCGCUCAGUUAUCCCGGCGCCAGUGGAUGGCACAAUGGAUCGGGGGCGGAGUACGGACUAUAUCAGAAUGCCGCCGCCGCGUAUUACCAGCCGGAGUACAUUCCUUUAGAAAUCGGCUAUGCCACCCAUCCGCUGGAGCCCGUGGAGGUAACGAAGACGCUGGACGAUCCCCAGGCCGCCAUGUACAAGCCGAGCGACGAGCAGGGCUCGGUCAUCACGCUGGAGUGCGCCAGUGCCGCCCUGAAGAGCACCCACGACAUCAAGAUAGAGUCCUCCUCCUCGUCCCUGGAUCAGCACUCGGUGGAGCAUCGGGGCACCGGGGUUGCCGUUACCGGCGGAGCUGCGGUGCCCACCGUUUCGGUGGUGAACGGAGGAGCCCCGGUCGUUGGUGCCGACACCUGGACGCCCCUCACUCCGCCCCAGAGCACGCUGCAGUGAUCGGAUCGCAUCGCGGAUAACGGAUAAUUCCCGCAGCCUUUAGACGCAUGACCCCCAGGAUGUUCGAUCGAAUUAGAUGUAAACGCCCUAUGUUAGUAACGCUAUUAGUAAAGCACUCCCAAUCGCAAUCACGCACCUAUUGUAGACUUAUCUUAUCUUAUAUGCUGUAAAACACUCUCCUAUA